GGUACGGGUAUCGGGUACCCGGUUGCGACCUCUGGUACACUCACCACUACGUACGUGUCAACCCCUUAUCAGUGCCCUUGCCUUAUUACAGACCAAUUCAGACCAUGUUGGUCACCCCGUGGCACCUGGGUCUGCCCCGUGACCUCCUGCCAGCGGGCGUUUGACACUUCACGUGGUAGCCUCAAGGUGCACUUGGCCUGGCACAAGCGUCGCGGUGACGUCACCGCCACUUAGUGGCGAAUGGCGGUUGUUGUUGUUUUAAAUCUCAACGUUCAUCCGACAAAGUCCCAUCAUCACAAGGGAGACACACAAACACAUCGACAUUUUAAAUCCUUUAUAUUAAGUUCACUUGCUUGCUUGCGCGCUUACGACCGUGCAAAUCUUUAGGUCGUUUUUUAACCCACUUCCCGUGAUCCAAUCGAGCUGACAUUUUGCACACAGACUCGUUGUGCGUGACAAUUUAUUUUCGUGAAAAUUUUUUUCCAUAACUUUACACUUUUUAGGAAAAAAUAAAUUAUAUUUAAUUACCAAUUGCUUCAUGGUGGCAGGCAAUCAUCUGACCCAUAGGUGGCAGCCAUCUCAAGCCAGAGGACGAGAGGACUCUAGCCGUCACGCAUAUAAAGGAUUUAUAGUGAAAAACUUUGUUUUUACGGGUUAUUUUUGAUUUUUGUAGCCCCUAUUGAACCGGCUGUUCGCCGUGUGAACCCUAAAACACUCAAUUCCCCAUCUACAAGAACACGGGGUUUAUGGGGUCGUCAGCGAUGGUGAUUUCACCACCAGAUCGUGUGCGUUGGUCAACGGAUGAAAGAGGGAUUAUUUGGGGAUUGCGAUCGGAUCCCGAAUGCUGCUGAAGGGGAAUCGACUCCACGUGCCGCUGAUCCACCUCCACUGCGUCCGCUCCAACCAUGAUCACACGCAAGCACUACACAGGCGGUCGCUCGGAAGCGGUGACUCGGCACGUCGCGGCACGGGAUCACGGUGACCCCCCGAACGGGGGGCCCUCGGGACUGCCCCCCUUAAAGUCGCACCUGGCCGGGGGGGUGUCCCGCGUGCGCCUGUCGGAGCACCCGGCCGCUGCGCCGCACCCCACGGUGACGCGGGUCUCCUGCCCCGCACGCCCCCGCCCCGCGCCGCCUCCCGCCGGCUCCGCCGCCCCCACCGAGUUUCACCGCCACCAGCAGCCGCAGCAGCAGCACCAGCCGGGGGUAUCGGCGGCAGCCGCCAGCGCCAAGCGCCAGCACCCGCCCUCCCAGCCCAACGGCCUCCGUGCGGUGCUGCUGCACGGCUCGGCGCCGGCGAGGACGCGCAGGGACGGCGGCGCCGGCGGUGCCGGUGCCGGAACCGGCGCCUGUGCCGGAACCGGCGCCGCGACCGAGGCGCUGCCGGGCCACGCCGGGACCCCCAGACGGCGCGCGGACGCUUCCGCUAAACCGCCUUCGGCGGCGUCCAAAUCGGCGUCGGCGCAAGCGCGAAGCGGCGACGGCGGCGGCGGCGGCGAUGCCGAUGCCGGCAAAACGCGGUACGCGCGGGCGGCGCUGCCCGGAGCCGGCGCCGCCAACAACGCCAACUCCGCGGGCGGCGGCACGACGGCGCCCUCGCCGCUGACGCCCGAGCGAGCGCUCAAGCGCUACGGCAGCAAGCUGUCGGCGUACGAGCGGCAGGAGAUCCUGUCGUACAACGAGGUCUACUUCGUGUCGGGGGAGUCGCGCCGGCGCGUCGCCACCGCUACCGUCGGCGGCGUUGGUGGCGGCGCUGGCGCCAACGCCGCCACCAACGGCGUCGGCAACGGCGGUUUCGACGACGAGCGCGGCUCGUACAUCCACGUGCCGCACGACCACGUGGCCUACCGCUACGAGGUCAUCAAGGUGAUCGGCAAGGGCAGCUUCGGCCAGGUGGUCAAGUCGCUGGACCACAAGACGCGGCGCUACGUGGCGCUCAAGAUGGUCCGCAACGAGAAGCGCUUCCACCGGCAGGCGGAGGAGGAGGUGCGCAUCCUAGAGCACCUCCGCUCGCAGGACCGCGACGACGCCAUGAACGUGGUGCACCUGCUGGAGCACUUCGUCUUCCGCGGACACGUCUGCAUGACCUUCGAGCUGCUGGGCGCCAACCUCUACGAGCUCAUCAAGCGCGGCGGCUUCCGCGGCUUCGAGCCCCCGCUGGUGCGCCGGCUGGCGCACGGCAUGCUGCAGUGCCUGGACGGGCUGCAUCGCAACCGCAUCAUCCACUGCGACCUCAAGCCCGAGAACGUGCUGCUGAGGCACACGUCCACCUCGUCCGCCGCCCCCGCCGGGAGCGCCACCGCCGCCGGCCACCGCGGCGCCGCCAUCAAGGUCAUCGACUUCGGCUCGAGCUGCUUCGAGCACCAGCGCGUCUACACCUACAUCCAGUCGCGCUUCUACCGCGCGCCCGAGGUGAUCAUGGGCGCGCGCUACGGCCCGCCCAUCGACGUGUGGAGCCUCGGCUGCAUCGUCGCCGAGCUGGUGACGGGGCGGCCGCUGUUCGCCGGCGAGGACGAGGGCGACCAGCUGGCCUGCAUCAUGGAGGUGCUCGGCAUGCCCGCGCCGGCGCUGCUCGAGCGCUGCAAGCGCGCGCGCAGCUUCGUCGACUCGCGCGGACACCCCCGCUACUGCACCGCGUCGCGCCGCGCCGACGGCUCGGUGGCGCUCGGCGGCGGCAGGUCGCGCCGGGGACGGGCCCGGGGCCCGCCGGGGUCGCGGUCCCUGGCCGACGCGCUGGGCGGGCGCGCCGACGCCAGGCUGGUCGACUUCCUGCGCCGCUGCGUCGAGUGGGACCCCGAGGCCCGGCCCACGCCCAGGCAGGCGCUCAGGCACCCGUGGCUCAGGCGGCGGCUGCCCAAGACGCCGGACGGGGCGGCCGAGAGGCCGGCCGGCACGGCGGCGGCGGCCUCCUCGUCGUCGUCGUCCUCGUCGCCCGGGGGGCCGCCGGUGCGGACGGCGGCGGCGGCGGAGGCGGCGGCCCCCGCGCCGGCCGGGAAGGCGAAGGUCGCUUUGGGCCGCUCUGGCGACGGCGGCGCCACCGGUGCCGGCGUGCGAACCGCGCUGCUGCCCAAGGUGUCGGGCUGAGCGUGGCGAGCGCCGGAUCGGAGAAGGGGAGACUGGGUUUUGAUUUUAACGGAAGGAUCGGAUGGAUGUUGGGCGGCGAGCGUGCGUGGCGAGCGUGCGGUGAGCGGCGCAGCGGUACGACCCUCCUCC